GUGAUGGAACCGGGGGAGAGUCCAUAUAUGGAGGGAUGUUCCCAGUUAGAUGAGAAUUUUGUGUUGAAACAUGACAAAGAAUUCCUUCUGUCCAUGGCAAAUCGUGGUAAAGACACAAAUGGCUCCCAAUUUUUUAUAACAACGAAACCUGCACCACAUCUUGAUAACAAGCAUACAGUCUUUGGACAUGUGAUCUUUGGUCAAGAGGUGGUCACAAAGAUAGAGAACUUAGAGACGGAUGAAAAAAGUCGUCCAAAAGUGGAUGUGAAAAUUGCCAACUGUGGAGAAUUAGUUCUUCAAGUAAAAGCCAAAGCUAAAAAGAGAAAGAAACACUCGGAGUCGGAAGCCAAGAGUUCUGGUGAUUCAGAUGAGUCAUCUUCAGAAAUGGAGAAAACGAAAAAGAAAAAGAAGAAACACAAAAAAGAAUCCAAAAAGAAGAAGCACAAGAAAAGAAAAAAAGAGGAGGAAAGUGCAAAGAAUGAGCAGAAGGAAGAGGAAAUCACCACAGUGUUCGCUCAGAUUCGUCCGGAUGAAAUUCCCGACAUUCCUCAGCAGAAGUUCUUAAGCAGGGUCAACAAAGAGGAGGAAAUGGAAAAAGAGAAGUCUCCCCCAGGCUAUGGCAACCGACGGAGAAUUGAUAGGAUUCCCUAUGGAAACAAGCCCAAAUUUACAGCCAGUGGGAGAAAAAUUAAAGGCCGCGGCACAUUGAGAUAUAGAAGUAGGAGUAGAAGUGAGACACCACCUCACUGGAGGCAAGCCGUGGAAACUCGACUACGAUCUAACCAGCAACAACAACAGCAGCAGCCGCCUUACCCAGGGGAGGAUCAAGGGAGAGAAGAGAGGUGGGCGAGGGGGGACAGAAUGACUGACCGGAGGGACAGGCAACCAAUGAGGGAGAGACACAUACAGGAGAACAACCAAGAGUCAAGGAGGAGGAG